AUGGAGAGCCCUUGGGAUCUAGUAUCCUUCGUGUCAGCGGUAAAUCUCCCAAAAGGAUUGGACUUGGCGCUCUUCACGCUUCCUGUCUUGACGGAUAACGUCAAGUAUAAGUUCGUCGUUUGUUCGCGCUCUUCGAGUGCAUUAUCCUCGUUUGCGACAUUCUCAUCGAGUGCGGUGUCUUCGUCCGCUGCGCCCCCAAAACCCAAACCUAGCAGUGCACCGAUCAUUGGCGGCGCGGUUACGGGAGCCCUCGUCUUCCUCGGCUUGAUAGGCGCAGGAGCGUUCUUCUUCUUCACAAAACGCCGUUCCGCUGCAGCCAACCCACUAGAUCAGGGACUAGAUCAGGGAGUCGGAAUUGUCGCACGUGUCUCACGCGAUACCAUACCCAUGUACUGCGCUAUUCACUCAUCAGGACCAGCUCCUUUCUUGUACACUUAUGUAAGAGUGAUAGGCCUAGAGUUACGCUUCUAA